AUGGCCGUCCCGACGGAGCUCCUGCAGUGUGGUCUCAUCCAUGCACAAGAAACGCAGUAUCGUACUGGUCAGGAACUUACGCAAACAACACUGAUCGAUGAGACAACUGACGAUACAGGACCUAUCAAACUCAAUAAUGCCCGUGACAUCUUCAACUUGGCCAAGAAUGCCGACGAAUGUCACGUCCCAUCCAUGCACAUAUCAGUCUUAGAUGCCAACAAAGCAUCACUACCCAACACAGUGAGACCUUCGGCCAUACGCAUUCCACGGGAAGGCUUGGCGACCACGACUGCAAUUGUAGCCUGCCAAGACCUGGGCAUAGCCCUCACGCGGCUUCAGAAUGCGACUGGUGCUAUGCGGACUCCGAUAUGGACGGGCCCUUGA